AUGUCCGGGUUGAAACGAUUGACUCCUGCGCCUCCUCCCAAGAUCAAUGCUUGGACUGACAACAAGUUGGUGAUCAACGACGAAGGAGACGGAGAAGAAGGUAAUGGUGAUAAUGGUUAUAAAGAUGCUAAUGCUGAUGUUGAUUAUGGCGAUGGUGAGGAUAGAAACAGAUCCACCGUUAACAACCAGGUUUCUAAACUUUCUAAAGAGGGUCUCAUCAUCCCCGACAUGCCCGACAUGCCGGAUGCAACGUCUUUGUCGCAUCAAUCACCUCCUCGUAUACCUGCAGUCAAUAUCACAGACAUUUCCAGUGAAACCAGCAGUUUGUUGCAACUGACAACUUCGGCAAGUAAGCGGUCAAACAAGCAGGAUAUGUUAGUCACAGUGGGUAAAAACCUCAAGAUCAAAAAGCCAAACUUCCCCAAACCUAGAGAGGUCAAGGGAGGCAGCGGGCAAUCCAAAUACAGAAUCUUUGAUGAUAGUAUAAGGUCUCCAACCUUUAGUCUUCAUCAACACCAGCACCAGCACCAGCAUCAGCAUCAGCAUCAACACCAUAGUCCCAAUCAUAACCAUAAUAUCAAUCACAAUAUUACCCAUAGUCUCAGUCAUAGCCAUAGUAUUAAUCACAAUCUUAGUCAUAAUAUUAAUCAUAAUCACCACAUAUGGUCCCUCAGUUCCAAUGUCAUGGGCAGCCCACAGCUGGUUAGCUCAAUGUUGUCAUUGGAACCACCAUCUCCCGCUAGUAUCAUGACAAGCAGCUUACCAACACCGGUGCUCAUACCUUCAGCAACUGCUCCCUAUUAUCCCCAAUCUUCCCCGCAACCACCACCGCAGAUUUUCCCCUUGCCUGCACCAAUGAUCCUCUAUGGCGUUCCCCGAGUGCAAAAUCCACCCACAACGGCCAUGCUGCCAUCGUCUUUAAUGAGUACUCCACGCUCCAGCAUCGAUGAAAAACGCGAGGCUAAAAAGCUCAACAUCAAGAAGCAGUUGGAAUAUUAUUUUUCCACUGAAAAUCUUUGCAAGGAUACAUAUCUAAGAUCCUUGUUUGACAAAACCGACGGUAAAGUGCAAGUGCAGCAAUUAAUCGCCUUCAAUAGGCUCAAAAUUUUGACUCAAAAUGGCAAAUACGUGGACUUGUUGGUGGAAGCAGCGCACGAGAUGACUUCAUUGGAAGUUCUUGAUGAUAAUAGUCAUCUCCGCUUGAGAGAUUGGAAACUAUGGGUCAUUUGA